AUGGAGCGAGCACCGAUCAAGGGACCCCUGCGGUCGCACAUGAAAGAGAAGGUCCGUUCGGUGGCAUUGCCGCCUCGUUACAUCUCAACUAUCACAUCCAGCACUGUUUUUUCUGCGCGUCAUGUGUCUUCACCGCGUGCGCGCGACCGUCUGCUCUGGGACAUGCGCGCGUCUGCUUCCCCCUCCGCCUCCGCGCACGCGCCCCUCGCCUCACAUUCUGCAAUCCACUCCCCGCUUUCCCCGAGCUCCCUCUCGCUCUCCAAACCGCACUCGCUCUCCUCAACCUCCUCCUCCUCGCACUCUCACUCUCUAUCGCACUCCCUCUCUCAAUCCCACUCUCACUCGCUCUCUCACUCCCACUCGCCCUCGUCGCUCUCCCAGCCUGUCGUCUCCUCCACCCCCUUGCCGUCUUCCCUCGCCGCCCUCCACCCGCUCCUCGCCAGCCAAUCGCACCCAUCCACGUCAGCAGCACUCGCGUGCAUGGGCGCGCAGCAACCAGGGGGAACGGCUCGAGCGGAGUCGUGCUGGCAGGGGGGCGCGCGAGUGCGCAGAGAGGCCGGUGAGCGCGAAGGGGGGGCUGAGCUCGAUGGGGGCGUACGGGGGGACGAGCAGAUGGAAGGCGUGGCUAUGGGGGGGCGCGGGGAGGGGGAGGGGGAGGCGGAGUGUGGGAGAGCGGUGGCAGGGGUGGCAGGCUAUGGCAGCAAUCCUGCUGGGUGGAACGGGGGGUUGAGGGGGGAGCAGUUAGACUCGGCGCGCAGCAUGGGCGCGGAGGGGCGAGGGGCGCGGCCAGAGCUGCGAAGAGUGCUGUUUGGGGAGCUGCAGCGGCUGCAGGGCGGGGGAGGGCAUGGCGAGGGCGGGUGUGAUGUUCCCAUUGGUGGUGCUGGUGGUGACAUGACGGGCCAAGGCAUGGCACUGGGGCGGGAAAGGCAGUGGCAUACGUCGACGGCAGAGAGGGGCGAGCAGGAACUGGGUGCGAGGGGGCAUGAGUGGUCCUCGUGUAGCGGGAUGCACGAUGGGGGCGACGGGGCGAGGGGGCGAGGCGAGUGGGACAGCGACGAGGAGGCAGCAGGGCGGUGGGAAGAUGCGGAUGGCGUGUUGCAGCUGAGCGCAGAGGAGUACGAGGCGCUGCUGCUGGACAUGCAGAGAGCGCUGUAUGAGGAUGACGGUGAUGACGACCAUCUGCCACCCUAUCCGUCAGGCCAUCGGAGCAUGGAUGAUCAAGAGGAGGAGGCAUACCAGCAGGGAAUGGAGGAUGCAGAGAUCAUGGCAGCACUCGCUUAUCAGAAGGUACUCUCGCUUAGGGCGUGUUACGUUUUCUUUUUAGCCGUUUUGUCCUGA